AUGCCAUCCGUUAAGAACCCCAACGGGCCCUCGAAGAACCGCCUCAUAGCCCGCUCUGCUAAAGCGAGGAAGCAGAACCAGAAGCGCAUCAGCACCGCCGCCCUCGACAAGAAGGGUCGAGUCGCCAAAGCGGACACGAAGCGCGGCGCACGCCCCGGGCUAUUACCGACGAGUGGGCCAAACGCGGCGCUCAGCUCGAAAAAGAGGCGCAAGCUCGAACGGAAGAUGAACCAUGCUAUGAAGCGCAAGAUGGAGGCCGACGGCGAAGUUGAGAUGAAAGAUGUACCUGUGGAAGAAACUACCGAAAUUGCCAAAGAGGAAAUGGCUGUCGAUACUGAGAGCAUCUCGUGA